AUGUCCACUCGCCGCAACGGCGCCGCCGUCAUCGACGGCACCGUCAAAUCCACCACCACCAGAACCACCACCAGAUCCAUAACCCCUCUCUCCACCUCCCGGAAACUCCCAGCCCUUUCUUCCAACCCUCUAUCAUCUUCCAAACUCGAAAAGGAAAACAAUAACCCUCGUAGAUCCACUUCACGUGGACCCACUUCAAACCCGCCUCAAAAACCCGUGACCCGACCCAUUGCUCGUGUCGAUCGAAAAUCCUCAUCUGCGUUUUCGUCUCUCCCGAGAGGUAGAAGUCCAAGCCCCUCCGAUCUCAGUCAAACUCGCCGUGUCUCCGUUGAUAGAACCGUCAGAGAUCCGACCCAUUUGAAAUCACGCAGAGAUUCCACUUUCAAACCAUCAGAUAAACUCAGAAGCACUGACAAGGUUAAAGAUUUAUCAACAAAUGGUGCUAGGGUUGAAGAAAACAGUAACAACAGCAAUAACAGUAGCAAGUAUCAAAGUAAGCUUCACGAGAAGCUUGCGUUUUUGGAAGGGAAAGUGAAGAGAAUAGCUUCGGAUAUAAAGAAGACAAAGGAGAUGCUUGAUUUGAAUAACCCAGAUGCAUCAAAAGUUAUACUUUCUGAUAUUCAAGAUAAGAUCUCAGGUAUUGAAAAAGCUAUGGUUCGUGUUGUUGUUUCUGGUGAUGAAAAUAGUAACAAGCAAGUGGAUAUAGUUGAUGGUGUUGUUAAUGAUGUUAAUGGGGUUGAGUGUUUGAGGCCAAUUAAGGCUAAUAGUUUGGUUAUAGGGUUGAAUAGCGAUGAGCUUGAAGCUAGGUUGAUUCCUCAUCACAAGUUGAUUAGAGAUAGGACGCUGGUUAAGGCAAAUGUGGAAAUUGAAGAGAAUGUGAGGAGUUCUGUUGAUGAAAACUCGAUAGCUUUGGAGUUUUUGGCUACGCUUGAGGGGACUAUUGGUUAUCCUUGUGAUGGGAUUGAAAGAGAGAAGAGUGGUUCGUCGAAUAAUCAAAAGUGUGAUAUUGAUAUGCUACUUGAGGCUGAUGAGAAGCUUGAAGAAUUUGAUGAUCAAGAGAAAGAGAACAUAAAGAAUACACAAGAGGAAGAAGGGUUUGUUGGUGAUGAAACUGAUGAAGCUUUUAAUUUUAAGCUUAAUGGGAUAGGGAACAAGAUUGCGGCGGCUGGUUGGUUUGUAUCUGAAGGGGAAGCUGUACUUCUUGCUCAUGAGGAUGCUACUUGUUCUUAUUACGAUAUUGCCAAUUCCGAGGAAAAAUCUGUAUAUAUCCCCCCUCCAGGAGUUUCCCCUAGCAUAUGGAGAGAUUGUUGGCUAAUUCGCGCUCAAGGUUCGGAUGGUUGCUCUGGAAGAUAUGUAGUUGCUGCAUCAGCUGGCAACACAAUGGAAUCAGGCUUUUGUUCAUGGGAUUUUUACACCAAGGAAGUAAAAGCUUUCCAGCUUGAGAGUGGAACAUCUUUCUCUAGAACAGCACUUCGACCUUUACCGAAUAAUAUUAGAAGAAAUUCUACUACCACCCUUUUAUCAGCAGAAGCUAGUCAAUGGUGGUAUAAACCCUGUGGACCUCUUGUUAUCUCUACUUGUACCUCACAGAGAGGAAUGAAAGUUUAUGAUGUUCGCGACGGAGAGCAAGUGAUGAGGUGGGAGGUUCCGAAGCCUGUUGUUACUAUGGAGUAUUCUAGCCCUUUGCAGUGGAGAAAUAGAGGGAAAGUAGUUGUAGCCGAAGCUGAAUCACUUUCUUUGUGGGAUGUGAGCUCACUUAGUCCACAAGCUUUGGUCUCUGUUCCUUUUGGUGGUAAGAAAAUUUCUGCUCUCCAUGUGAGCAAUACUGAUGCAGAGCUCGGUGGAGGGGUCAGGAAAAGAGUAAGUUCUUCAGAAGCUGAAGGAAACGAUGGAGUGUUCUGCACAUCAGAUUCUAUCAACAUAUUAGACUUUCGUCAAGCGUCUGGCAUAGGCCUCAAGAUACCAAAACACGGUCUCAACAUACAAUCUAUUUUCUCCCGUGGAGAUUCCGUCUUCCUCGGAUGCACCACUUCCAAUCCAACAGGAAAAAAACAACCUUCAUCACUGAUACAACAAUUUUCAUUGCGAAAACAAGAACUAUUCAGCACCUAUGCAUUUCCAGAAUCCAAUGUACACUCGCAUUAUGCAGCAGUUUCACAAGUUUGGGGUAACUCUGACUUUGUCAUGGGUGUUUGUGGCCUAGGACUGUAUGUGUUUGACGCAACAAAAGAUGAUGUGGCAUCAAGGGUUCUGAAUAUGGAUUAUGAUACUAAUAAUGGUGAGAAUUUUAGGGAAGUUGUUGGUCCUGAUGACUUGUAUUGGCCUUCUUUCGAUUAUAUGGGAUCUCGGUCUCUUUUGAUAUCAAGAGAUCGACCUGCUAUGUGGAGGCAUUUAAUAGUAUGA